AAAUUUACCCUGAUAGCUUGCAAAUAACUGUACUCUUUUAAACUGUCGGUAUGAAGAAUUCCGCACUAGGGCGACGAUGCCAUUUGAGGCAAGCGAGUUGCUCAUUGCGACCAAGAGCUAGUCGUACAGUUACAGUCUCAGCGUUGAUAGACUCAGGGCCUUCGACGUCGGCGCCUGCGCAGCCCACAUACAAUAUCCGUCGAGGGACCGUUCACGACGUGAGAAGCCUCGCUCACGUCUGUGCGGAGGGUUUCGGGCGUGGCAACUUUCCGGGCCUAGAAUCAGAGGCGCUAGAUCAGCUGGAGGCACGAUAUGCAGUGGUCAUUGCAGAGGACAUGGAGCCCAAACUGCGCGACGCAUUGACGGCGAAGGAGCAGGCCCAGCGGGAGCACCGAGAGCACCGGCUGCAGCGGCACCUGCAGCGGCUGAGGGCGCAGCUGGCGGCGCUGCGGGGCGAGCCGGCGCGCUUUCCCACACAGGUCACGCCGCAGGAGGAGCGUGCGGUGCAGCGAUGGCUCCGAACCCGUCAGUUCAUGAUCCUGACGGCGGUGGAGAGCGACCCCGCAGAGGACUCGAAGGCUGAGGACAUGGCAGCGGCGGCAGUAGCAGCAGCAGCAGGACCGGUAACAGGGGCAGCAGCGGCGAUGGGCGGUAACACAACAGCAGCCCCAGGAAACGGGCUGGGAUCUGAAGCCGUUGACGCACAUAACCAUGUGGGGGCCCAGGGCACCGGAGAUACUGGGGCGCCGCCGACGGGGUCGCCGUUGGGGUGCAAUGGCGAUGGCACCGCGGGGCGGGUGGUGGGCUGCGCGACGCUGUCCCUCAUGCAGCCUGAGGCCCUGCUGCCGCCGCCCUUCCCUAGCAACAAGCCCUUCAGGCUGUACGUUUCCAACAUGUCCGUGCUGCCCUCACAACGCCGCCGGGGGCUGGCCAGGAGGUUACUUCAGCAGUGCGAGCGAGUGGCCCGCAUGUGGGGGCACUCAUCCUUGUGGCUCCACGUCAAGCGGCAAAACGACACAGCAGCUAGACUGUACCGAAGCAUGGGUUACACGCCCGUGCAUGAAGGCGGGCUCAGCUUGCUGCCGGGACCGCUGAGUCAGGUGCUCAUGCGGAAAGACCUCUCACCUCUGCAGCAUGGCUGUCCUGUGGCGCUGCGUCAUGAAGUUGUUGCUGGGGGUGACAGAGCAGCGGCGGGACACGAAGGCCCUGGGAGUGUGGUGGAGGGAGUGACAGGCGCCGUUCAGAAGGGAAAUGGCGUGUUUGUAUGGAAUGCUGUCGUUGAGGAUAGGCCUAGAUGAUUGAUGCAGGGUUGGUGCAGGUGCCUAGGCAGUUUUUGAGCAGGUGCCCCAAGGAGAGCUCAUGGAGACCUCACGAUGCUGUGCAACUGCUAGCAGACAUGUUGCGCUCCUGUGCAACCACGCUUUUGACAAAGGAUUACAGGGGUAUCGGUGCAGCGCCAGGUUCUACCAAUCCUGGGCUACCAAUCCUGGGCUACCAAUCCUGGUUCUACCAAUGUCUGUCCAGCCGCAACGC